AUGCCACGCAGAAGACAGUUUCGAGCACAACGACUAGCAAGUCGUGCUCGUAGGCGACACCGCAAUAACGCGCUGAUACGUCAGCGGCGCUUAAACGCUCACAUCCGCGAUGAAGGUGUACGGAAUGCAGCUGCACAACAAACAGAGCGGUCGCAGCGGCUUCCCACGGAGCAUCCGACAGCUGCAGAUGACAGCACAGAGGAGAAGCCCCAGUGCUCAGUUUGUAGUGUCAGCGCACGCACAACUACUCACCAAACAGUGGGUAUGCCAAGGACGUUAUAUUUGAAAGUUGGUGCGCGAUACAUGAUGACAUACAACUUGGACACCAGUGACAGCCUAACUAACGGUGCUACUGGAAGACUACUCCAAGUGGAGAUGGGACAAUGUCGACAGGGAGAAACGAAUGAGACUAAACCUCUACAUGUCUGGAUGCUAUUCGACGAGCAGGAGGUGGGUAUGAAGAUGCGCCGGAGGUUCAGCAGCAUUAGCAUUCGCAAGCAUUACCCGACGAACAGGACACCGCUGGAGCCAAUAAUAGUACCGAUCAAACGUAGCAAGGGGUCAAAUUUGCAAGUAUUACGCAAACAAUUCCCAUUGGUACCUGCGGAAGCAAUGACAAUCCACAAGAGUCAGGGUCAGACAUAUCCGUCUGUGGUUCUCCACACUGCACAGCGUAUGAAUCGCGCUCUGCUCUACGUUGCGCUAUCCAGAGUCACGUCGCUUUCUGGUCUGUAUAUAAUCGGCGAAUUUAAGACACCGCGACAAAUCGCAACCCAACGAUCCGCUACAGGUCGAGCUAAGGCGGCAGGAGCAACACUUACUGCAGCCCACAUUCCAAUUUCUUCGAACAGAGCACAGCGCUGUCCAGGUUAUAUAUCACAAUGUGCAAAGCUUGGCAAAACACCGCGACCAAAUCGAGAACGACGCCGUCUACACAGCGAGCGACGUAAUACUUCUCGGAGAGACUUGGUCAGUGGCAGCAGACGAAAUUCAUAUCAACGGCUACCGCACGGCUGUACGUGCUGA